AUGGGCCGGGUCGGAUAGUUUGUCUGGUAGCACAACCCAAUUAGCCUCUCCAAGGCCUAAAAUAAAGAGAGAGAUAGAGAGAGUUGAUAUUGAAAGCGAUCGAAGAAAUAGAGAGUUCAAGAAAGACCGGUCACUUCAGCUCGGUGCUCACUCACUGGUGGAAUCCCCAACAACUUUAAAUCAAAUCUUCACCAGAUUUUUUUUUUUAGCUGGCACUGUGACAGUUCUAUUUGAUGAAUUGGACAAAGGGUUGGCGUUGCCUUGCCAGCACCAAUAAAACUGUUGGAAGGAGUGAAUCAUUGUAUCAUACUACAAAUCAAAAUCAAAAUGGUGCUUUUACCCCGGAGAAGGUUCGAGUCCUUCAGCACUUGCAAUCUAAAAGUGGGACAUUUUCAGCAAGAUCAUUGUCACAAGAUGGUUUGUGGGGUACAGCUAUAGGUUUUCAAGAAAGGCUGGUCCUGGCAAGAAAUCUUGUUUGGAGAUUUAAGCUACCUGGUGGUUUAGAAGGAAAUGCCCCUUGGUUGACACAGAGAAAGAUAGCUGUGUCUCGUAAGUAUGGACACAGCAUUGAAAAUGAUAAUCACUUGGACAGAGAUUUUCUUGUACAGCUUUGGGUUGCAGAUAGGAAAAUGAAAAAUUCUAAAGGAAAAGGAAGGCGGAAAUUGAUUAAGUAUGAAAAAUUUCCUGGUACAGCAUAUGAAAACCAACAUCAAUAUGGAAGAUGGUAUUCGGGGGCACCUCUUGCAGAACAGGAUUUUUUGGACAAGGGUAAACCAGUUUUGAAUCAACCACCUCUGAGCCAAUCUGAGUCAGCUUUUCUGGAGCCAGAAUCUCCAGAGGAGGCCCAGGUUGCACUCCUUCUUGCUAGGUCCAAUUUGUUGAUUACUAGGGAUAUAGAGUGGGCAAAUCUUAUGCUUGGUUUUGAGCAGGAAAACCGGUAUGCAAUUGUAGAUGUGUGCUACCCCCAGUCACCUGUAGGUUUUAUUCGUGAGCAGAGCAAUCUCCUUGCCAGACAGUUGCUACGAACAAGGCGCCCUUUUGUUGCAUAUAUAACUGAUGGCAUGGGUAAUGAGCUCUUUAGGGUUCGUAGGCCUUUUUGGUGGAUUACCAGCUCAAUAUAUGCAGAGAUUGAUGGUAAGGAAAUUGGUGUGGUUCACAGACGAUGGCAUUUGUGGAGGAGGAUAUAUGACUUGUACCUGGGGAAUAAGCAGUUUGCGGUUGUUGAAAACCCUGGCUUCUGGAAUUGGACAUUUACUUUAAAAGAUAUUGAUGGAAAAGUGCUUGCUGAGAUUGAUCGUGAUUGGAGGGGCUUUGGCUUUGAGAUCUUUACUGAUGCUGGUCAGUAUGUGAUCCGAUUUGGGAGUUCUGAUCCUCGCUCCAAGACUGGCCCUGCUACAAUGAUACAAGAGUUGGAAGUUGCCCGUCCACUGACACUGUCAGAGAGAGCUGUAGCUGUUGCUCUUGCUAUAUCUCUGGAUAAUGACUAUUUCUCAAGACACGGUGGCUGGGCAUUACCUUUUGUUGCAGUUGGGGAGUAGUUUUGGUUUGCAAUAUAGUCCUUAAUCUGUGCGGUUAUAUUCUAUGUUUGCAAUUUGGGAGGGAUAACAAUGAGCCAAGCAAUAAUAGCCUAGAAGGUGGUCUACUGAUCUGUUUUCUUGUUUCCUUACCUCACCCCACAAUCUGAAUUUGUAACUCUUACCCUUUUUUGAGCAUGUUUUUACCAAAUGACUUUCUUCUAUUGCUCUCUUUAUAUGUGCUUGUUACUGUUGCUGACACCAUUAUUAAUUUGAGAUAUCAAAAUGACUGUUUAUCACUGAGAGAA